AUGAAGGGCUCCAGCUCAAGAUGGUUGUUCACACUGGGCUUCCUGGUUGGUGUGUGCAGCGUGUAUCUGUGUCUGCAUCAGGUCUGGUUUGAGAGGAGCUACUCUGUGCUGACUGAGGCCCAGGAGAAAGGGAUAGUCUUCAAGGAUAAACUGACCAACUGGAAGAAACAUGGAUCUGCACUUGUCAACCUUAUACAUCCUCAUCAUACAGAGGAAGACAGUCAGGUUGCAGACGCCUUAUUCCAGAAAGUACGCAUCCUGUGCUGGGUGAUGACCGGGCCGUCCAACCUGGAGAGCCGAGCGCGGCACGUCAGAGCCACCUGGAGCCGUCACUGUAACCUGGUGGUGUUCAUGAGCUCUCAAGACGACAGUGACUUCCCUACGGUGGGCCUGGGCACCAAAGAGGGCCGCGACCAACUUUACUGGAAAACCAUCCGUGCUUUUCACUAUGUCCACAAGCAUCAUUUCAAAGACGCAGACUGGUUCCUCAAAGCCGACGAUGACACUUUUGUGAACGUAGACAACCUGCGCUGGCUUUUGUCCAAUCACACACCGAAAGAGCCUGUAUAUUUUGGCAAACGCUUCAAGCCGUACACUAAGCAGGGCUAUAUGAGCGGGGGGGCAGGGUAUGUGCUGAGUAAAGAAGCCCUGCGCCGGUUUGUGGAAGGCUUUCGCACUGGAGCUUGCACGCACACCACCCCAGUGGAAGACCUGGCUCUGGGACAGUGCUUGGAGAAGAUGGGGGUCAUGGCGGGGGAUUCUAGGGACACUCUGCAGAGAGAGACUUUUCAUCCCUUUGUACCAGAGCACCAUCUAACAGGGAAAUUCUCCAAGAGCUUCUGGUACUGGAGCUACUGCUACUAUCCAAUCGUGGAGGGUCCUCAGUGCUGCUCUGAUUUGGCCGUGUCCUUUCAUUACGUGGAGGCGGCGCUCAUGUACACGCUGGAGUACUACUCUUACCACCUGAGGGCAUAUGGAUACAGGCCGCGGUACCAGCCCACCCCUCACCAAAGCCUUCUGCCCCCCACCACCACCACACUGUCCCGCACACCAACUGGCACACCUGCUCACAGCAGCACAGAGCCCACCAGGCCAGACUCCACCAGAGUGAACCAAACCACCAAAGAAGAAACUCGUCCAAAAUAUAAGAAUACAACGGCUACACAAGAAAAGCAGCAUUGA